ACAGCUGUUUUAUUGUUACUUUACUUUCAUUGGUCCGGCGAAUUCUCAUUACCUAACCAAAAUAAAAUAACAUUAAGAAAUAACGAUGUCCUGGAUUGCAAAUAAUAUCCGGAAGGCAUUAACCUGCACGACCAAUCAAUCAUUCCUCCAGAAUUGGAUAAAUAUACCCGCAGUGAUUAACAAUUCACCAGUCAGUGCACUGGGUUUGCGCCAACUUUCGUUCGAGGAGAAACGUGCCAAAGGUCCGCUGAUACGCCGCUACGGAUAUAAGGAGCGUUUACAUCAGCGUGGUUUGCUACCGCACUGGGAUAAUGGACAGAAAUUGCCAAUGCCAGAUUAUAGACCUAAAAACGCGUGGUCUGAAAAACGUGCGUUGUUUGGUCAAAAUGAUUAUAUCGAUAUACUAGGUUCGGAUCGUCUACAUCCUACGCGUGUAUUAUAUUCAGUACCAUCAUGGUUACGUGGUGUUUCUGGCAAUGAAUAUCAAGUGCUACUACGUAAACGUAAAAUGCUUGCCAAAACAAAGUAUCCUAUUGCACGUCCCACAAAAUGGAAACAUUUACAAAAACGUAUACUUUACUUGUAUCGGUUCCUCAAUCGCAAAACGAAGACAAGUAUCUCCAAACAGUAGUAUAGUGCUUACAAUUGAUGUUAAAUGCAACGCGGCAAUGUUAUUCGUUUUGAAUAAAUUUAAUUACGGUUUAAAAUAUGUUUGAAAUAAAAUUGAACGAAUCAACUUCAA